GCGUGCGCGAGCCGGCUCUCACAAUAGCAGCACUACACAGUGUCGGUUGCGCGCGUCUCUUAAAACUCAUUUUACAAAACAAAACAAAAUAGUAAAUAAACAACAGAACAUAAAACUUCCUUCUGUUUAGCUGAGAGAACUGAGGUUUUGUGGAUUUAACAUGUCUUUGCUCUGUUACAAUAAAGGUUGUGGGCAGCGUUUUGACCCGGACAACAAUCCUGAAGGUGUGUGCACUUACCAUCCUGGAGUUCCAGUUUUCCAUGACGCCCUGAAAGGAUGGUCAUGUUGCAAAAGACGCACUACAGACUUCUCGGAUUUCCUGAGCAUCGCUGGCUGCACAAAAGGUUGCCAUAACCAGGAGAAACCCCCCGAGCCGGUGAAACCUGAGGUUAAGAGUUCUGGAGGUAAGAAGGAGCUCGAGGAUCUGAAACCGCGCUUUAACGAAUACAUCAUUCAGGCUCCCAAACCCAUGGAGUUCAUCCAGAGACCCAGUGCUGAUGAGCCGCUGGUGGAGCUGCAGCAGAAAGUGUCUCCGUCCCUGAGGCAGGCACUCGAGAACCUUAAACUAGCAGAAACCAAUCAGAUUUUAGAGAAAGAGGAUGAGGCGAAUGAGGUGAAAAUUGGAACAGCAUGUAAAAAUGGAGGUUGCUCUAAGACUUUUUCAGGACCAGCAAGUAAUGAGGACAGGUGUGUGUUUCACCCAGGAGUUCCCAUCUUCCAUGAGGGAAUGAAAUACUGGAGCUGUUGUAGGAGGAAAACGUCAGACUUCAACACAUUUCUUUCUCAGAAGGGAUGUAACACCGGAGCUCAUGUAUGGAGGAAAGCUGACGGGAAAAAGGUGGUACCAUGCCGGUUUGAUUGGCAUCAGACUGCUAGUCAUGUGACCAUCUCCAUCUACGCUAAACACUCCAAUCCUGAGCUGUGUUCAGUACGAGCCAACAGCACUACGGUGUGUAUCCGAGUGAUCUUUGAGGGAGAGAAGGAAUUCGAACAGACGAUCAGUCUCUGGGGGGUCAUUGAUGUCAGCAAGAGCGUUGUGAACAUGGUGGCUGCCAAAAUUGAGGUCGUCAUGAAGAAGGCGGAGCCGAUGUCAUGGGCGCGGCUGGACCUGCCCCCGCCCACUCCUAAUCCGACCAAUGAGAAGUAAGACGAGGACAGCGUGUAGGGGAAAGGGACUGAAAGAGAGCUUACUCAGAACAACAGUGUAAUUCUGUACUGUACUGCACACACACACACACACACACACACACACAGAACUUCAAUCAAAUAAAAAAAAGAGUAUCAGAUUUUACCAACACACACACACAGACAUUCUAAGUUACAAAUGACAGAAAUAGAACACAUAGUUAAUUGCUGAAGUAUGAGCUCUCUCACACACACACACACACACACACACACACACACACACACAAUUUCAUUCCUAUACAAUGUGUCUCUUCUCUCACAGAGUGCCUGU